GCUCGGAACACUGUAGAGACAUCUCAUGUGUGUAUCAGGCAACAAGUUUCGUUUAUAAUCAUCAUAAACAAGUAAAUGUCUACGUUGGUCUAUGUAUAAACCAAUUUUUAUAUUGUUUACACGUCUCGGGUGUUGUUCAAUUAAUCUCGAUAUUUUCUAUAAUUCCAUCUUGUAUUAAAGUGUAUGCGAAUCUGAGGAACUUUCAAGUUAGGGUUAUGGCAAAGAUGGAUCUGUCUAUGUUGAGAAGUAAAUUUCGUGGCUCGAUGCUGGGUGCUUUGGUCGGCGAUUGCACUGGUAGCCCUUAUGACAACGGCGAUAAAUUGUCGGAUGGAACGAAAUUGGUUUUGCAAAGGUCGUUUGACAAAUUGGAGGGUCCUCCGUUUAAAGCCCCUCUCAUGCAGUUUACAGACGAUUCUGCUAUGACUUAUUCCCUGGCUAAAUCUUUGGUCGAACGCAGAGAAUUGGACAUAGUUGAUCUCGCGAAAAGAUUUGUUAAGAGCUAUUACCAAGAGCCUAAUCGUGGCUAUGCGAUCGGUGUCCUUACGGUCUUCCAAAAAUUACGGAAUAAUAAAUGUACAGACGUUCUAUCUCCAGCCAAGGAACAAUUUGGGGGUGAAGGAUCCUGGGGAAACGGUGGAGCAAUGAGAAUUUCACCUGUUGCAUUAUUCUGUUACCAAAAUUAUGACAAACUCGUGGAAGUAGCUAAGAGUGUAUCUGAAAUCACUCACACAAACAAACUUGGAGUAGAUGGAGCAAUUUUACAAGCGAGUGCGAUUUAUCAAAGCCUCCAUUUGGAUCCCAACGAGGAAUUGAAUGUGAACAACUUUAUUGACGAUCUGAUUGACAAAAUGGAUAAAAUAGAGAAAGACGAAGAAGGUUUAGGCUUGUCGGAACCGCAGCCGUACAAAGUGCAGUUGAACAUAGUUAAAUCAUUAGUAGCCGAGGGCGAAGGAGCUGAACCGUACGAUGAGAAAGUUGUCCAAAAACUGGGGAACAGUGUCGCAGCCUUGUACUCCGUUCCUACCGCAAUAUUUUGCUUCUUGAGAGCACAGAAACCCAUCAGGGGGAUACAAACAGAGAAUCCGUUCAGAAGAGCAGUCCAGUAUGCAAUAAGUUUAGGUGGUGAUACGGAUACCAUUGGCAGCAUGACUGGCGCGAUUGCUGGCGCAUUUUACGGAGAAGGAAAAAUUAGUCCCAAUCUUUUGCAACAUUGCGAGGCAUCAGAAGAAUUCAGACUUCUGGGAGAUAAACUAUUCGAACUGGCCGUUGCGAAAUGAAGAUCGCAAACGCCGAAAUUUAUUUUAUGAUGAGAUCUCUGCAGAGAUCAGAUCAUCAUUUCUAAUUACCUGAUAAGCAUUUGUAUAUCAGUUGUAUUGUUUCUUAUAUAUUUAUAGUGAUUAGGAAUUUGUACAUUUAACAAAUAUAUUUACGAUCUAGUGA